GGCUGUGCAUAUUGCAGAGUGGGAGGAAACCUCUGAAGCGCGCCUGCAUGGGGUUGAUGCGCGUAGUGUAUUUAGAGACAGAAGUGGCUGCGGUGCUCAGCAUGAACCAUGAGCUUUUAUCUGAACCCUCCAAAAACUCUCACCACAAUCUGCAAUGUUUACAUAUGAGUCAAAAAAACUAAUAAUAAAAGAGAGCGCUGGAGGAAUGGCGAUGGAGUAUAGUGGCAAUCUUUAAUUCUUAUGACGGAUUUACAGAGCAUCACAGUGUGAAUUACACUUUGAAGGAUAUUUAAUCACCACCACCAACGAUGUCGUUUUUCCCAUUUUUUUCAGUUUCUCUCCUGAACAUGCUGUUCUUAACGAAAACAUAUCUCUGUAUGGAAACAGAUUUUUGUGAACCUGUGCGACUUGACCGUGAGAAUUUCCCAAGUCAUCUCGAGAGACUCAGCAAAGAAGUUGUUGUUUACAGAAUAAACGCUUUUAAUCAGGAAUUUUAUCUCAAUCUUCAACCUGACUCUACUUUUUUGGCUCCUGAUGGCAGCACAUCAUCUUUAAACGAUUUUGCUGAGUCUGAUCUUAAAAGAUGCUUUUACUCCGGUGAUGUUAAUUCAGACAGCAACUCAUAUGCAGCGCUAAGUCUCUGUCGAGGGCUGCAAGGUGCCUUUACUUUUCACGGAAAGCAAUACUUUAUCCAGCUGAGGUCCAUGAAUACAUCAGAGAUCUCAGAUGAUGCUGAAAAAACGCACAUCAUCCGCAGAAGACAAAUGCAUGCGCACUCAACAUCAAGAUGCGGAGUUAAAUCAAACCAAAACGUCGUGGAGUCAUUGAACAAGUACAAACAUUUUAAAGGGCUUACAACGAACGGUACUCUAACUUUAUUAAAACACAUGGGUCGAUCGAAACGAUUUGCCUCCAUACCGAGAUAUGUAGAAGUCCUGGUUGUUGCUGAUGAAUCAAUGGCGAAAUUUCACGGGGACGAUCUGAAGCAUUAUAUUUUGACGCUUAUGUCUGUCACUGCAAAGAUGUACAAACACCCCAGCAUCUUAAACUCUAUCAAUAUAGUGGUUGUGAAGUUUAUGGUGAUUAACGAGGCUGAGAAAGGACCCAAGGUAUCCGGUAACGCGGCGUUAACAUUGCGCAACUUCUGCACCUGGCAAAAGAAGCUGAAUAAGAUCAACGACAAGCAUCCAGAGUAUUGGGACACGGCAAUAUUGUUUACUAAGCAGGACCUGUGUGGAGCCACUACAUGUGACACUCUGGGUAUGGCUGAUGUUGGCACCAUGUGUGAUCCCAAGAGAAGCUGCUCAGUUAUUGAGGAUGAUGGCCUCCCAUCAGCUUUCACUACCGCACAUGAAUUAGGUCAUGUCUUCAGUAUGCCACAUGACAACGUCAAGGCUUGUGAAGAUGUAUUCGGAAAGUUAAAAGACAACCAUAUGAUGUCCCCCACACUGAUCAACAUUGACCACAUCAGUCCCUGGUCUGUCUGCAGUGCUGCCAUCAUCACGGACUUCCUGGAUUCUGGCCACGGUGACUGUCUGUUGGAUCAGCCCCAAAAGUUGUUGUCUCUUCCCGAGGACCCUCCAGGUGUCACCUACACGCUCACCCGUCAAUGUGAGCUGGCUUUUGGCUCGGGAUCUAAGCCAUGCCCUUACAUGCAGCCCUGCACCAAACUAUGGUGCACUGGGAAAGCUAAAGGACAGUUGGUGUGUCAGACUCGUCACUUUCCUUGGGCCGAUGGCACGAACUGUGGAAGCAACAAGCUGUGCUUUGGGGGGAUUUGUACUGAUAAGAAAAAUAUCACAACGGUCAAGGUAGAUGGCCGAUGGGGUCGGUGGGGUCCCCACGGUCCAUGUUCCCGUACGUGUGGUGGAGGGGUACAGCUGUCUAAAAGGGAUUGUAACAACCCUAUCCCUGAAAACGGGGGCAAGUACUGCCAAGGACUGAGGGUGAAGUAUCGAUCCUGCAACUUGGACCCUUGUAAAGACACAGGAAAGAGCUUUCGAGAGGAGCAGUGCGAGGCAUUCAAUGGCUUUAAUCUGAACACUAACAGACUCAGUCCUUCUGUGGUCUGGGUCCCUAAAUACUCUGGAGUCUCUGUUAAGGACAGAUGCAAGCUUAUUUGCCGAGCCAAUGGAACUGGAUAUUUUUAUGUCCUCGCGCCAAAGGUGGUGGAUGGGACACCUUGUUCCCCUGAUACUUCAGCCGUCUGUGUUCAAGGAAAGUGCCUCAAAGCAGGCUGUGAUAGCAAGCUGAACUCCAACAUGAAGUUUGACAAAUGUGGUGUAUGUGGCGGAGACAACAAGAACUGCAAGAAAGUGUCUGGAAUGUUCACAAAGCCCAUAAAUGGAUAUAACUUUGUGGUGACUCUACCUGUCGGAGCCUCAAACGUGGACAUAAGGCAGCGAGGUUACCGGGGUUUGGUCAGUGAUGACAACUAUUUAGCAGUGAAGAACAUUCAUGGCAUCUAUCUCCUCAAUGGAAACUUUGUGGUGUCAGCCACAGAAAAGGACAUCAUUGUAAAGGGAAGCCUGUUGCGUUACAGUGGAACCGGCACAGCAGUGGAAGUGCUGCAUGCAUCGAGACCACUAAAAGAGUCUCUCACUGUGGAAUUGCUAUCCGUGGGAAAUAUGACUCCUCCCCGGGUGCGGUAUUCCUACUACCUGACUACGGGAAAAAAGGAGGACAAGAUCUUAAAGAAGGAGGCGAAGAACCCUAUGCAGAAUAGCGUGUUGGAGGACAGUAAUAAAGUGGAAUUGAAGAAAGCAGCCAAUCAGACGCCCUCUUAUAAGUGGGUAGCCGCAGACUGGAGUAAAUGCUCGGUUACUUGUGGAAAUGGGGUCCAAAGCAGACUGAUACAAUGUUUGGACACAGAUGGGAAAACAGCCACACGUUGUGACACCACCCACAAACCCAAAACCAUGAUGGUGUGCGGUGACCCCUGCCCGACGUGGAGCAUCGGUGAGUGGUCACCAUGCUCUAAAACCUGUGGGAAAGGAUUUAAGAGACGUCCGCUGCAUUGCGUAACUCAGACAAAGGUGUAUUUACCUAGAGACCGGUGUUCAAGCAGAAAAAAGCCACAGGAACUGGACUUCUGCAUUGUUCAGCGCUGCUAGUGACCAUUUCAGACAUUUCGGCAAAAUGUUUAUGUGUUUGUUUUCUCCAGUGUCUCACCUUUGCAAAGAGAAUAACGUCAAAAUAAUGGGGAUGUGUUUGGAAGAUGCAAACUGUUUGACUGAUUUAUGUUGUAAGGUGCCGUUUAGAUAUCGCCUACCUCGAAAUCGACAUUGUUUUUAGGGCAGCCAAAUAACGCAGACCACAUGAAGUUAGCUGAAAGGUUUUACAAGUAAUACAUGACCUUCAAGUUGUUAUGGCAAAACCAGAACGAUUGCAACAGCAUCUCUGCAUGUGGUUCGUAGAUGAAGUGAGCAUAUCCAAAAUGUGGGUUUGUAUUUAGACUGUAUAAAUAUAUGUGAACAAUUUGAUCCAAAUGUGAAGCAUUGUAUGCAAAAUAAGGCAACUUGGUCCAUGCACUAUCAAUUUUGCAUUCGUAUUUUGAGCUGAGCUAGUAUAAAUCACUGACAGUACAACAAGCAGAUACUUUUGUGGUAAUUUACCGUGAAAAAAAAGAGAAAAGAGAACAGAACCUGCAGUAAACAGAUAUUCACAGAUAUUAAUGUUAAAAUUGAAGUAUUAAACUUGAUGUGCUAUAAUGGUGCUGUACACAAAGGGAUAAAACCUGUUAAUAUUCAAAUUUAUCACAUCAGCUUUCUAUUAUACUAUUAAAAAAAUCAUUGGUUGUCUUAAUAUUCUAGUAAAAUGUGUAUUUUAUGAGAGGUUUUAAUGUUGAAACAGCCUGGUACUGCAAAUGAUUUAUACAUAAGGCUAUACUAUAGUAGUUUUACUAAAACUAGAUCUGAUAUUAAAAAAGUGAUGUCUUUAUCUUUUUUUUUUAUGAAGUCAGAUCUGUACAUUUGCCGCCUUCUGACAGUUUAAUCUAUCAAAUCUAUCAAAUAUUGUUUUACAGGUCAAUUCCCAGAAUGAUUACCCAUAAUGCAGCUGCUAUAGCCACUGUAAGUGUAAAAUCACUAUGUUUCUUAGAUAGACCAUUAAUGGUUUUGUUGUAGGUGUAUUAGAUCUAUUUUCUGCUGAACAUAUGAAGAUUUAUUGUAAUAUUGUAAAAAUAUUGCCUGUAAACAAGUUGUAUUGUUCUUAUUGCUAAGCUUUAGAGAAAUGUCUCAUCUAUUCAAAACGAGGAUCUAUAUUUUAGUUUUUGUCCUUGACACCUCUUUUGAUGUUAAUGCAGCAAAAGGCACUUAUCUUUUUGUAUUGAAAUCCAUUGUAUACUAUGUAUACAUUCAUUGUGCACCAAUAAAUACAGAAAUUACA